AUGCAGCAAUUGCCAUCUCCCGGGCACACCUGCAGUGUGCAAGCCGGCCAUGGGUCCUGGGCUGCUGGGACGGUGUAUGCCCGGGGGCUGCAGGAGGCACCUGGCCAUAUCCAGGCACGGCGGGUGCAAUACCGGGCCAUCAGUCGGGAGUGGCAUGCCUUCCUAGGGUUUCAGGUAUCACUAGGCCCGCGGAAGCGGGGCUGGGGGGAGGGAAAAGGGGAGGAGCCAGCAGCAAAGCGGCAGCGGCAGCAGCAGCCGUAUGUGACUGUUGAGAUGAAAGAGAACUAG